AUGGCUUUUUUUUGGCGUCGACUAAUAAUUGUUCAUGCAGGUUCCGAUAAGGGUUUUGUGGACAAUGCCUGUUUAAUAUUUAAAGCCGGAUUGGCCACAGAUGAUUACCAUGGUCAAAUGAAUAGGAAAAAUUUUACUAGAUGGCUCACGGAAAAAUUUUCAAAUAUACCUGCCAAUUCGGUAGUAGUGUUAGACAACGCUCCUUAUCAUUCGGUGCAGCAGUAUAAAACCCCAACAAAAUCAUCUGUAAACAGAGAUAUAAUCGCCUGGUUAAUUAAGAAAGGUAUAAGUCACGAUGCAAGUGCCAGAAAAUUUGAUCUUUUCGAUUUGGUUUUACGCCACAAACCACCUGGUGACCAAAAAGAUUAUAUAGUAGAUCGGAUUAUAAGGUCCCAUGGGCAUACUCCAUUAAGAACACCGCCUUAUUUAUGCGAGUUAAACCCAAUUGAAUUAGCUUGGAAAUUUUGCCAGCACGUCAGAACUGUGGAGGAUAAAUUCUGGGAAACUGACCAAAUCAUGGAAAAAAUCGAGCCCCUUGUCAUCACAAUAGGAAAUGAGGACAGUAGCACUAAUGGCAGUAGUAGUGAAGACGAUAGUGAAGACGAUAGUGAAUACGAGGCUGAAGGUAAAGAAAACGAGUGA